GUGCGCAUGAGACCACACACGUGGUCUCCUGCUCAACCCCGACCAUUUUCCCCGUGCCCGCAUGUCGUCAUAUCGUUGCCCGCCAUUAUGGUAUUACAAACACAAUCGUAUUCUAUAAUAAUAUACAAUCCACAGUCCAUGCUCGUCGAGACGCCAUCCAGACCAGUCUCCUGUUUUCUCUUAGAUAUCAUUCUUUCUAAAAUCAGUAUGAACGAAUUUUGUAUACUAUCAUCCGUAUGAUCCCCGACGCACUCUCCGUACGUGGCUUGAUUAUAAUUAUUUUAAUUUUUUUACUGGCUAUGUAGUUGAAAGCGCGGUUAAGGACCCAAUGCCUAUUACCAAAAAAUAAAUUAUUUUUUUAUAGAAAUUUAAAACAAUAAUGAAUGGUAACCGAAUGAAACAAAUAAAUUAUUGUACUUUAAUUAUCCUACAAUUACUGUGGUUUUUAUCUCCUCAAGUACUGAGCUUAUUAAAAUCAAAAAAUAAAUUGCAAUACUGCGAAAAAACGCAGUCAAGAUGUAUGGAAAUGAAUCAUUCGAUAUUAUGUUUAGGUGUGAAAUUACCUUACACUUCCAUUUCUACAGAUCUUGUUUUAGAUGCUGAUACUCUUGAAGAAGCCCAAGAGAGGUUGCACAAUUGGCAAGGACUCAAAAAAGUUCCAAAAUGUUGGGCAGCUAUCCAACCACUUUUGUGUGCACUAUACAUGCCUCAUUGUGAAAAUAACAGUUUAUAUUUACCACCACAGGAAAUGUGCAAACUUAUUGAAAAUCACUGUCAAAUAUUGAAAAUUGAAAAUUCUUGGCCAGUGGAAUUUAAUUGUGAAAAUGAGACAAUCUAUCCUCCAAAACCAUGCAAAAAUGAUUUGCAUGAUUUAAAAUUCAACUCAAGUGGUGGUCAUUGUGAGUCGCCACUUGUGCAAACUUAUAGACCUGAAGUAUACCAUUAUCCUAAUUUUGAAGGCUGUGAUCUUCAAUGUUAUGAUCCUUUGUUUUCAAUGGAUGAACAUCGACAAAUACAUAAUCUAAUUGCUUGGACUGCUACAAUAACUGCUUUUUGCAAUAUAUUUGCUAUUCUGACUUUCACAAUUGAAUGGCAAUCCUUAAAUCGAUAUCCUAAUAUUGUAAUACUCUACAUAAAUAUAUGUUUUUUGUUCAUAUGUUUUGGAUGGUUAUCUCAGUUUUGGUCUGGAGCAAGAGAUGAUAUUGUUUGUAGGAAAAAUGGAGCUAGAAAAAUUUCAGAACCUAGCGAUGAAGAUCUUUCAUGUGUUAUAAACUUUGUUUUCUCGUACUACUUCUUGAUUGCUGCGUUUAUUUGGUUUGUUAUAUUUACUUACUCCCUGCAUACAACAUUUCAAUCAUUUGGAAAAAUUCAAGAUAAAGUUGAUAAAAAAGGAGGCUAUUUCCAUUUAUUAGCAUGGUCUAUACCAUUAGUAUUUUGUGUGAUCGUUAUGGUACUUGGAGAGAUUGAUGGUGACAGUGUAACUGGUACUUGUUUUGUUGGUAUCAAUAAUAAAAUAUAUAGAAUUGUAUUUGUUAUUAUACCAGUAUUUAUAUCUGUUGUUAUUGGACUAUUUUACUUGAUUCGUGUAUUGUUUGGACUUUUGGCUUUAAAGAAAGAAAGUACACAAGUUAUUUCUAAACAAGCCAAAUCUAAGAUUCAUUCUGCAGCCAUUAAAGUGAUAUUGUUCAUGAUAUUAACCAUUGUAUUUGUUUCAUCAAUGUUCAUAUGUUAUAUAAAUGAAUACUAUUAUGAUAAUUUAUGGAAAGAUAGUCUAAGAAAAUAUAUUGUUUGCAAACUUAGUAUUAUACCAGAUACUGAUGUAGGGAGUUGUCAUAUUGAAUUCAGACCAAGUGUAUCAAAAAAACAACUAUCUAUAUUAGUUUUAUUUGGAAAUGGAAUUCUAAUGUCGUUUUGGGUAUGGACAAAUCAAAUUGGGAAUGCAUGGUGUGAAUGUUUAAUUCGUUGGUUAAAGAAAUGGAGGGGUCAUGAACAAAGAAAUGAAGACUCUUCUAAGUAUAAUAAACAUAAAUUGAUUGCUAGUGCUUUUGCAAAGAGACAUCAACUUAAUAGUGAUGAUUUUACUGUUACAUUUUCAAAAGAAGAUCCCUUUGGUCUAGUAUUUGGAUUAAACAGUAAUCUAACAGACAAUAUAAGUUCUACUUGGGCAGCAGCAUUACCUAAGUUUAUACGAAGGCGUGGAGCUUUAACUGGUGAAGAACAACUUUCAUUAUCAUCUUCAUACAUGCAUUCAGAUUCUGAAAUUAGUUACAGUAUGAGUUACAGUAAAGUUUCUGUAGAAUCUCGUAGUCAUUCAUGCGAUUCUACCAUCUCGGUAAAAGCAUUUGAAAUGACUCGUAAAGUAAGACGAUUUUCUAAACAUACUAAAAAAAAACAUAAAAGUAAUACAUUGGUGUGCAAACUACCAGCCUCUCAAAAAGGUAGUGUUACUUCACAAGAUAUAAGUGGACAACUAGGUCAGUCAUUCCCUGAAGAUCAAAAUGUGUUUUCACAAUCAGAUUCAUUGUCACAAAUAGCUCCAAUUCCUAGCUUUAAAAGAAGAGAAGCAUCAGCAGGUUUUGACAAUAAACUUGAAGAUCAAAUGAAAUAUUUUGAACCUUAUUCAAUAACAUCUUUAAAUAUAGUGAGCGGUAGAGUACAAUAUACAAGAAGUGUGAGCAAUAGUGAACUAUCUGAACACUUGGUGCUGGAAGAUUUUUCAAAAUAUGAUAAAAAAAAAGGCGUGUAUACAUCUCUUGCUAUUAUGGAUACAGAUAGUGAGGAAGAAAAACUUUCUGAUACAGAUUAAACUUUUGAGUUAUAUUUUAUCAAUUUUUGCUAAGAAUAAUGAAAGUUCCUAAAACUGGAGACUAUUUUAUGUUGUUCAAACAACGUGCUCAAUAAUUGUAUUACAUUUAUAUUUUAAAAAUAAUUAACAGCAUUAUUUAAGUGAGUCUCCUAGAUCUCUGAUAUCAGUGAUGAUGUUAAUGUUAUU